AUGUCUGAGAGCCCUUUCACAGUCACAGGGGAUGGUCCAGGAGGUGGCUUCCCGCCGGAUAGGGGAAGGCAACUCCGGUUAACAGACUUUUGGAAGGCUCAUCCUCCAAUGGAGAAGGCGGUUUUGGAUGGAGGAAAGGAGCCUUCUGCUGCUGCAAAUAAAUCCUUCGCCUCCAUUGUUGGUUCUGAUACCGAAGCUUCUGCAAAAGUGACCGUCUCAACUGAUCAAAUACCACACAAAUCUUAUGCGAAUGUGGUAGGCUCAAACACACCGAUGGUGGAUGAACUGCCCGACCCUGUUCAUGCAGGGAAUUCGACCAAGGUGAUCAUUCCCCAGGAGGCUUACGAGGAUAGAUUACUAAAAUAUCGAUUUGCCCUGAUAGGCAGAAUCAAUUUUCGUUUUCUUUCCCUGGAUGAUGUUCGCAGAGAAGCCCGUGAAUCUUGGAAAUUGAAAGGUAAAGUGAAGAUGAUACCCAUGGGUAAGGGCUUCACGAUCUUCCAAUUUGAGUCUGAGCAUGACAUGGCCCAGAUGUGGAAGCGAAGCCCUGUGAAGAUUGGAGGUCAACUCGUUCGGUUUCAAAGAUGGCGUCCAGAUUUUAGCAUCCAUGAAAAAUUGAUCAAUAAGGUCCUGGUUUGGGUGCGAUUUCCAGAUCUUCCUCUGGAAUAUUGGCAUGAAAAGGUAUUAUUGACAAUGGCCAAGGCAGUAGGGAGGCCAGUUGGUCUCGAUCAACGCACCAAGAGCGUUAUAUACGGAAAUUAUGCUCGUGUUCUAAUGGAGAUGGAAGUGGGGGUUCCAAGGCUGGAGGAAAUCCAAGUGGAACGCAAACAGCCUGGGACUCAAAUUUUGUUCUGGUUCAAGCAGCAGUUGAUAUACGAGGAUUCAUUGGGCAAAUGCGGUUUCUGCAAAAAACUGGGGCACCAAGUUCACGCCUGCCGUGAAAAGAAGGCCUAUGACGAGCGGCAGAAUGCUCGAGCCAAUGCAGAGAUACCAGGGGCGGUGUAUGAAGAAGACAGAGUCAACUUGGGAACGAGUAACUCACCGGUUUGCAUCAACACUUCUUUGGAAAGAAGGGAUCACGAUCUUGUGAUUUCAAAUUCAAAACGUGUGAACACUGAUGGAGAGGGGGAGAUUUUAAAUAAGGAAGCUCAUGAUAGUGAGGAAAUACAGUCUGAAUCUUCUGAUUCAGAUAAGGAGGCGUUAUUUUCUGAUGAUGAGGUGGGCCGGUCGGAUGAGGAGUCUUCCUCUGAAUCUGGGCAGGAAUCAGACCGGGAUAUGGUUAAGGAAGGAGAACCGAACCAGUUGGGUUCAGUUUUAAUCACUGGACCGUUGGAGCUUUAG